AUGUCUGUCGCUGACCGUAUCGUCAGCUACUUUUCUUCGGCCGAUCUGAACGCGCGAACAAGUCAGGGCGGCCCGACGGCGGCGGCUUCGUUUGCGGAGGAUAGUCAUGCGGUACAGACGGGAGGACUAUUGCCGGAUAUCAGAGUCAGCGGAAAGUCAUUGCGCCAGGAUAUGAGUCCUCAAGAUGGGGCUCUCGAAGAGGAGGGCCGUCCUCCUUACCUUUACGCCAUGAUCGCGGGAGGUCUCGGAGGCUCAACGGGAGACAUGCUCAUGCACUCCCUGGACACAGUCAAGACGCGCCAGCAGGGCGAUCCGCACAUCCCGCCGAAAUACACCUCCCUCGGAUCAUCAUACUACACGAUAUGGAGGCAAGAGGGCAUUAGAAGAGGUCUCUACGGCGGAUGGGUGCCGGCAUUGGGAGGCUCCUUCCCGGGAACAAUGCUCUUCUUCGGCACAUACGAAUGGAGCAAGCGGUUUCUUAUCGACCAUGGUCUGCAGCAUCAUCUGGCAUAUCUGACAGCCGGUUUGCUGGGAGACUUGGCGGGUUCUGUUGUUUACGUGCCGUCAGAAGUACUGAAAACCCGAAUGCAGUUGCAGGGACGAUACAACAACCCCUAUUUCAAGUCAGGGUACAAUUACAGAGGCACAAUUGAUGCGGCAAGAACCAUCGUCCGUCACGAAGGCCCAGCUGCGCUCUUCUACGGCUACCAAGCCACGCUCUACCGCGAUCUUCCCUUUUCAGCACUCCAGUUCAUGUUCUGGGAACAGUUCCACGCCUGGGCUCGCCAAUACAAGCAGAGCCGAGAUAUUGGCGUACCUUUAGAGCUCCUGACCGGUGGUCUUGCCGGUAGUCUGGCUGGUGUCAUGACAUGUCCACUGGACGUCGUCAAGACCCGGCUACAGACCCAGGUUCACCCCGACCUGUUGCCAAAAGAGACUAAGCCGGCCGCCAGAGGUGCUGCGCAUGCAUCUACGGCCAAGUCUCAGACGCGCAACAUUUCGACGUCGUCGCCGUCAACGCAUACUCCUCGCCCUGGUGCAGUGAACCUGCAGACUUCCUCCGUCAUCACCGGCCUCAAGGUCAUAUACCAGACGGAGGGUAUCAGCGGAUGGUUCAGGGGCGUGGGACCCCGUGGUGUAUGGACAUUCAUCCAGAGCGGCACCAUGCUGUUCUUGUACCAACGCAUUCUCAAGCAACUAGAGAUCUGGGACUCCGCCGCAGAGCAGGAGAGCCAUAUUUGA